GUUUCUGUUCGUAUAAUUGUGUUAGCCGACUGACGUUGCGUCCGCGAGCGACACGGAACGUGCCAGUGGCAUCUCUAGUCUUUUGCUGGCUCUGCUGAAACAGCAGGUCUUUUUCUGUGUAUUUUACCAAUUUGGAGGUCAACUGCUCUGAUGGCCUCAGAAGUUCAUUUCUUAGCUUGUCCGAGACUUUCUUUUUUCCGGACUCAUAAACAAAAUCUUCAAAUUGUUCAUCCACCUCUAUUUCCGGCUUCCGAUCCUUGGCUUUGCGAGCCACCGGGGGCGUUGGCGGCUCGACUUUGCGCACUUUGUAUUCUAUCUUUCGCUCCAUUGGACUAUCUGUGACCUCCCUCUUCUCGAAGUCCAAAAUGUCAUCCAUGCUGAUUACCUCCUCGAAGUCUCUCAACUGAUGUCCGUUCACAAGCACCUUAUCGUAAUUGCGGAAGAGCGAGCACAGAAACUUGAAUAACGAGUCAAACCCAUUGUCGAGCUCUUGGUGGGUCCUCUCGUUAUACAGGAUUUUCGUGAAAGACAAAAUCAACCGUAAAUUUUGUCUCUCUUUCAUCUGCGAGAUGUUUUUAGCUUGAGGCUCGGUUUCUUCAUGGGACAAUUUGACUGUUAGACGAUGCAUCAGCACUAACAGCUUCACCAGAAUAUAGCUAUUGUCGUAAUUGAGACGCUGGACGUUCAAUAUCGGAGUUGAAUUGUUGAGAGACCUCAAAACUGGUCUUCUGGAGACAGGAUACUUGAAAGACAACAACUCACCAAGAGCCGUGUUCAGAUCUUCGAGUCGUGAGAAGUCGUAGUUAUACUUGGUGAGCACGUCGAGAGGAACAAGUGGCUGGUCAGAUUCGCUCAGCUGAGCGAUGAACUUCUCGAGGAUGAGAUAAUGCUCCAGAAACGAGAAAUCAGACAAGCAAAGCCGCUGAUCACGACUGAGAGCGUCGCUAAAUAUCUCAACAGCAACAAGAGUCUCGUGCUUCAACUGUCCACCUUUAAUCAAUAUCAACCACUCUUCGGGCGUUAAUUGUUUGUCCAGAUGCUUGGUUGUCAUGUAUGAGAGAAGAUUGUUGUAAAUUUUGGAGAACUGUUUGAAUGCCAAACCAUGCGACAGGUUCAAUGGCACCCCAUAUAUUUUGGGGAAUUGUCUAUUGAGAACGAUGCGAUCGUUGUGGUAUACAAUUUUAUCCACAAGGUAGCAGGUGAGGGAAAUGGGAAUCUUGGUGAUAUCGAUAUGUUGGGCCAAAAUGGACAGGUUCUCACAAUAAACAAUCUGCCUCGUGAAAUUCCAAAACCUUUUGAAAAAGUCUACAACAGACUUCACGAUCCAGUUACUUCCGUGUACCAAGUACACCUUGUAGAGAUAUCUUUUAUUUUGUGAUGGGAUGAGGCUGAACAACUUCACCAGGUUCAAUGGCACUUUGAAUGAAGUGGCCUGGUCGUUAUCGUAAUCACAAAACCCUCCAGCUAAAAGAGCCAAGCAGUGAUCUUCUGCCGGCAUCUGGGAAACGAUCCGUUCCGCUAAUUGCGCUAUCUGCCGUUCAUUGGACAGAGAGGGGAAAAGUGUGGUGUCCAGAACAUAAAGAGGGAGCUCCGAUGACGGGUCGUAUGUGGUAGACUUGAAAAAUACGCGCGAGCCCAUGAAAAGUGAUGUAUCCACAACAAAAAAAAACCACGCUUUUUUUAUUUACAUUUAGGUGAAGAAAAAAAAACAUAUCCUAAAAAGGGGUGCAUAUCCUAUAUGACAUCCGUUAUUUUUCAUCUUUUCGUCGUCUCAACAGAAAUCAUGAAAUCAAUAACCGCGGGUCCCUCUACUCCUUUUUGUUUUCCUUGCUGGCAAGAUACCGCAAUUGCGCGUCGAAAGUAUCUCCAUUAGCUCCGCCAUCCCUGAUGACAGCAACUCUCAUAGUAGCCAACAAGUUGUGAGCAGCGUUCGAGUGGGCAUACACACCUCCAUUGAAGGCCAUUGUAGCAUCCUUACCAAAGGAGGUUUUUAGGAGAGCUUGCCCUCCCGGGUGCUCCGUAAGAAAGUUGGAGCAGUCAUGCACAAUGCCCGAAAUGAUCACCAGUCCUUUUUGUUCUUUGGCCUUCUCAAAGAAUGUGGACUUAUCCCACACUGGCAGCUCACUAAGCUGUGGACCCCAGUUGAGCUUGGCUCUCAUUCUGUCCAGCUUCUUCUGUUGCUGUUGUAAGAUACCCUGGUCAAUAGCGUUUUGCGAGAAUCUCUUCAGGUUAUAUGCAAGUCCAACCUUGGAGAGAAGGUAGAUAACCACCUUGGUUGGAUCGUAUUGGUACCAUUUGAGGGCGUUUCUGUAAUCUGAUGGGAAUUCGUGGUGGAAGUUAUGGUACCCUUCUCCAAAAGUGACGAGAGCGGUCAGAAUGUGGUCCCUUGGAGUUCUUCUAUCGUCGAAUGGUUGUUCUCCAAUCCAAUGGGCAAGUGAGUUCACACAGAAGGUUGCCUGCUGAAUGAACACGGCUCUCAGUAAUCCAGCGUAGAUAAACCCACCCCAAAAGUCAUUGAAUAGAAAGUGAGUCAAGAUGGCUGGGAAGAAGAAUGCCAUAACCACCAUGAGCAACAAGUAAUGUCUAUGCUGAACUCUGACAACCCAGUCAUCAAGCAAAUCGCUAAUAUCGGCUCUUGCCCUGUAUCUUGGAUUUGGCACUAAAAGCAUCCAUCCCAUAUGAGAAUACCAGAAACCCCUCUUCGCAUCGUAUGGGUCUCUUGGCGUGUCUGUGUAUCUGUGGUGGACCCUGUGCUGAUGUCCCCACAUCUUGAUAGAUCCUUCAACAGCAGAAGCUCCGAAGAGGGCGAAAAAGAUUUUCACAGGCAAUCUGCAAUCAUAGGCUCUGUGAGCCCAGUGUCUGUGAUAUCCAGCAGUGAUGGAGAGACCACCAAAGCAGUACAGUAUCACUGCGGUCACAAAAGUGUGAAGCUUCAGAGGAACCCAUUUGGUGGAGAUCAGUCCCGCUAGUGGCACAGCAAGCACCAAGGUGAAGUUGAGCCAGUUGAUGUGACGGUGCCAGUUCUCCCACGUCCAUGGCUGUUCGCUAAUAUGUUUCUGCUUGAGAUAUUUGUUUUUUAGUUCCCUGUCUUUAGCGAGCAUCAUAGCUACCGAGUCUUUGCUUAGUUCUUCAGCUGUGACAUCUGUCAUAGACUUGGUUCCCAUCAACUUUCCUCCAAUGCCAUAAGCCACUAUUCUCUUAGUGGGCUUGUUGGUACCUGCCGCCACAGCAUUAGCAGUGGAUAGGUCCACAGAAUCCAGUGCUGACAUUUUCGUGAGAAGAAUUGCCUGUACUAGUGAAUAUGUACUUAUAUUAAAAAAAAAAUUGAGAUCAAGCCACUAAUAAAACCGCCCCGUCGAUUUGUUGGGAUGCUGCCCAACAGAGAAUUUAAUCGACAGGCGUCGACAAAAGAUUUUUCUGUCGACAGCUGUCAUUUAUUUUUUGUGGGACAAAUUAGCUGCCGCCCUGUACGCUGGCUGAUGCUUCUAAUCAGUCAGUCUUUGACUGCCGGCGGACCUCGUAGUUUUUCCACCAUCUUCGUGCAACACUUUUAAUUGCAAACAACGCCCCAAUAAAUGGGAUAUACUCUAGCAGCGUGACCCACAAAGAAGGCUGCACUUUGCGUAUCACGCUAUCAAUCUUCUGGUUAAGCUCCUCAACACUAUUGUUAUUGUCUAGUACGUAAUCUGAUCGCUUGAUCUUGUCAUCGUUCGACAUCUGGCUUGCAAUUCUUUUUUCACACUCCGCACGGCUGAGUUCCGGAUUACGCUCCAUCAGCCUUUGCAAUUGUAUCUUUGGUUCGCAAACCACACUUACUACCAUGCCACAAAUAAUAUCCAUGCCUGCUUCGAAAAGCAACGGCACGUCAAGAACCACGAUUGACUCCAAUUUAAGCCAGCUGCACAGCAUCAGCCACAGCAUUUCUUUGCGCACUUGGCCAUGUGUGAUCUUGUUGAGAAUUUGCAAUUCGCCUUUAUUUUGAAACACAUAAGCUCCAAGAGCAGGUCUAUUCAAGGUGCCAUCGGGCAAAAUUAGGUCAGUAAUCUUAUCACCAAAAUAUCGCACUAUUUUCUUAUACGCAGGCCGUCCAGGCUCCACUAUUUGGUGAGCAAUCUCGUCGGCAUCGAUGACAGUUAUGUGAUACUCUUCUUGCAAGCGUUUGGACACGGUGGAUUUUCCGCUGGCUAUACCUCCGGUUAGUCCUAGAACAAGCAUAAUUAUUUUUUUAUUUUUCAUGGAUCCAUUAAAGAAAUUGGUCCACUGGCUUGAGGGCGACUCACAGCGUCCUGCAGCCCUCAUAUCCUCAAAACUCCAUGUCAAUAAAGUCGAUGUGACGGGUCGGUCGCUUGUAGCGAACAGCAAGAUAGCCAAAAACGAGCCACUGAUAACCGUGCCGCACUCUUAUUUAUUGAACUACGUGACAAUACUCAAACAUCUAGAGAAAAGCGCAAACUGGGAUUCUCCCAUCAACAGUACGAACUACAUCUAUGUUCCUGAGGGGCCGAUUGAUCCAAUUUAUGCCAAUUUCGAAUUAUCCAAACUGCUGCAGUUAUCGUCCUUUCAGCUUGUUUCACUCUACCUCGUUCUGGAAAAACAAAAACCAGAAUCUUAUUGGAAACCCUUCAUUGACGUGCUCCCGUCGAUAUCAGAGCUUGAUGGGAUGCCUAUGAUAUGGGCUCUUCAAAAUGACCCAAUAUUCGAUUUGCUACCAAAUUCUAUAAAAGAGCACUCUAAAGCCCAACAGGAAAAAUUCCUCAGCGACUACAAUGCUGUUCAAGAGUUUCUUUUGGUUGCUGGCUUGGACGGUACAAGUCUUGUCCCCCAAGAUGAUUUUUUAUGGGCUUGGGUUUGCUGCAAUUCGAGAUGCCUAUAUAUGGAACUACCAGAAAUAUUGGACAAACAGCUGGAGGAUAAUUUUACACUUGUUCCUUUUGUUGAUUUCAUCAACCACGCACCUGAGGAUCAUUGCUCCGUUAGUAUCUCUUCUACCAAAGGAUUUCAGGUGACGUCCGGGUCCCGUCCAUAUGGCAAUGGAGACCAAAUAUUUUUUAGCUAUGGAGCACACAGUGACGAGUUUCUUCUCUGCGAAUAUGGAUUCAUGCUACCCCCUUGUUGUAAUCCAUGGAACAGCCUUGAUAUAACACCUUACAUUUUGAAAUUGCUCAAAGGUGAACAGUCAGAAUUCCUCAAGAAGCACAACUACUACGGUGAGUACACUCUAACGUCAAAUGAAAUGUCGUUCCGAACUGAAAUUGCUCUGGCAACGCUGCAAGAGAAAGAUCUCAGCAAAAUACUGCCGAUGAUUAAUGGCAUGAGCGAAGGUGCUCCAUAUAAAAAAAAUACCAAUUUACUAGUUGAAAAGAUCCUGCAUAAAAUUCAGGCCGCCUCCAAAGAGAAACAAGAAGAAUUGCGCCGAUAUCCCGAAUGCUACAGGACAUCGUUAGUCAUUCAAGCGCAUCAUAAUAUCAAUAUCAUUUGCGACGCAUAUAUACAGUAUUGAAGAACUAAAAUUUACAGCAAGUUUGAAGCGCAUGCAACUCUUUUCUAAAACUUAUUGUUUCUGUCCCAACGGCGAUUCCCAUAAUUCUUUCUUUCGAAGUUACCUCCGUACCCAUUACCAAAUCUUCUUUGUUUGUAUGAUCCCUCAUUUCUGUCUCCAAAGUUCCUUUGUCCCCUGUUGUUGUAUCCUCCAGAAUUGAAUCCCUUUCUCAAAUUCCCUCUCACGUUGAAAACACCUUCGGCAUCACGAGAUGAAACUCUAAAUCUAUCAAGAUCGACAGCUUUGACAGAAGGCAGAUUACCUUCACCCAUAAAUUUUUGAUAAAGAUCACCACAAUCAAGAGCAAGACUUUUCGGAUCACCAUCUUUCUCUAUCCGAGGCACAGACCCAUAAGACCCUAAAAGCGACGUGAUCAUCUGGUUCAUAUCAGAUGGAAUGUCUCUCAAAGCGCUUAUCAUUUGCUUUUCGAAAUCGGGAGUAAUCUCAGGUUUUUCCAAAAUCUCAAACUCGUGACCUUCUUCCUUUAAUCUUUCAGCAUAAAACAUUUCAUGCUCGGUCAAUACGGAGAUAGACUCUCCUGUAGAUCCGGCUCUUCCUGUUCUACCCACCCUGUGAGUAUGCGAAGCUGUUUCAUAUUGCACUCCCAACUGAAUCACACAGUUGACACCAGGGAAAUCCAUACCUCUAGCACCGACGUUAGACGAGACCAAAACUCCCUUUCUAGCAUUUCUGAAUCUGACCUGGUUUCUGUUGCGAGCACCCUGACUCAAAUCGCCGUGCAGUGUGUAGACCUCGGCUUUUCUACCAUAGUAUUCGUCGAUGACCUCUUUAGCCAAACAAUAGAAGAAAUCCGUGGUCUUAAUGUUCGGCAUGAACACAAUAACCUUACCGUUGGUGGCAUCUAAUUUUUCAAUCAACAAUUUCAAGGCAACGGCAAAGCUUUCAAAAAGGCUAUUUGUGGUCACAAGUGACUGUUGGACACUGUCCGUCACUUCUGGGCCAGAACUCACAUCAAUAUAUUUGUAAUUCUCGCCCAUCAGUUUGCGGGCAAGUUCUUUCGUGUUCGAGUCCAUGGUGGCAGAAAACAUGGUCACUUUAAGCAAGCUAGGAUCUUGAUGAUUCUCUUUGAACCGGCUAACGACAGCCAAGAGAGCUUCCUUAAAAUCAUGAGCGCAAAGAACGUCAGCCUCAUCAAUAACAAAAUGUCUCAAAUCUUUGAAUGAUUUUGCAAAUGAUUCAUCAGACUCCAACAUGUCAAGCAAUCUUCCUGGUGUUGCCACUAAGGCCGCAGAUUUGAAUCUUCCAUUAACUCCCCUUCUAAUUUGAUCAUACUUCAUCUGCCCAACGCACAAAUCGAUGCCUCGGCGGUUGUUUCUAGGGGCAGAAACCUUCCAAACCUUAUCCAGAGCCCUUUGGGUUUGGAAAGCAAGGUCUCUAGUAGGGUUGAUCACCACCGUGUGAACACUGUCCUGCUUCCCAAAAUUUUUGUCACUCAACCACUCGUUGAUCACAGGGAGGCCAAACGCGUAGGUUUUACCAGUCCCAGUUUUUGCUCUCACUAACACACCAUUACUGGUAGUGAGCAUCUCUGGGAUCACUCUUCCUUGGACUUCAGUGAGGGUUUCACUAGCGACCUUUGUGAAAGCAUCCUGAAUUUUCAAGUGAAGGUCAGUUUGGUCAACCUGAAGGUUCAGACCUUCGGUGCUAUAAAAAGCAGCAGCUCUCCUAACGGCAGGGAUGCCUAAAGUAGCCUUCACGACAAGCAACGGCUUAGGAAGAACAAACAUUGAAAUAUCCUCCUGAGAUAAAAUUUUCAGGGAGCGAAAAUUUUUCCUCUACAGGGUCGAUCGACUUUAGAAAAUACCAAAAGUACGUAAUUAUCUUAGCAUGACUAGA